CAUGCACGUACCUUGUCGUUUUUACACAAAGGAAACCAAUCAAAUCAUGCAUAUAUAGAGGUAUACAUGAGUGAGUCUUUCGUGCAAGACUUAAAAACACUUGUAGUAAAAUGAGUACCCUCGUUUGGUUAAUCGGCAUGGCGAUAUCAUUCUCUGUCACCAUGCCAGUAAACGCCUGCCCGCCCUCAGAUCGGGCAGCAUUACUGGCAUUCAAAGCCGGUUUACACGAGCCAAACUUAGGCAUCUUCAAAUCAUGGACUGGAACCGAUUGUUGCAACAAAUGGUAUGGCAUCACCUGCGACUCGCUAACCAAGCGAGUCGCAGACAUAAACCUCCGCGGAGAGUCCGAAGACCCUAUCUUCCAAAAAGCUCACCGAACCGGUUACAUGACCGGUUCAAUCUCUCCAGCUAUUUGCAAACUGGAGAGACUCUCCAGCGUAAUUAUCGCGGAUUGGAAGGGCAUUUCCGGUAUUAUCCCUCCCUGCAUCUCUUCUCUCCCGUCCCUACGUAUUCUAGAUCUCAUCGGAAACCAAAUCUCCGGCGAGAUUCCGUUCAACAUCGGCAAACUCCGCCGGUUAACGGUUCUCAACCUCGCCGAUAACAAACUUACCGGUAGAAUUCCUCGAUCGUUAGCCGAUCUAUCAUCGUUAAAGCAUCUAGAUCUGAGAAACAACAUGAUUUCCGGAACGAUUCCACGAAACUUUGGGAAGCUUCGAAUGAUGAGCCGUUGUUUACUCAGCGGCAAUCGGAUCUACGGUCCGAUACCGGAAACAAUCUCCUACAUCUACCGUCUCUCAGAUCUAGAUCUAUCGUUAAACCGACUCACCGGACCGAUUCCUGACUCGCUCGGAAAAAUGUCAGUAUUAGGAACACUAAACCUAGACGGAAACUUAAUUUCCGGUAAACUUCCGGCAACGUUGAUAAAUUCGCGAAUAAGUAUAUUGAAUUUGAGUAGAAACGCGAUUGAAGGAAACAUACCUGAUGUUUUCGAUUCGAGAUCUUACUUUAUGGUGAUGGAUCUGUCGUAUAAUAAGCUGAAAGGAUCGAUUCCGAAAUCGAUAUCGUCAGCGUCGUUUAUCGGUCAUCUGGAUCUGAGUCAUAAUCAUCUGUGCGGUGCGAUUCCGGCAGCCGAGUGGUUCGAGCACUUGGAAGCGACGUCGUUUAUGUAUAACGAUUGCUUGUGUGGAAAGCCUCUGAAAGCUUGUUCAUAAUGAUGUUAGUUAAUGUUGCAUGUGGAUGGAUGAAAGUUCUAUAGUUGUUUUGGUUGUUGUUUCUGAUCGGAAAAAGUUUUCCGGCGAAGUGGAAGGAGAUUGUGUAACUGUGUAAUGUUUACGUAUGUAACUAUGUAUGUAUCAUCACUUUACGGUUUUUUACAUUUACUACAUAAAACUCUGAAAAGGCUUAUCUUAUC